AUGACAACUUCAUUGGCACAAAGAACCAAUUGCUAUUUGUAUUGCAUUCGCUCCUUAGUCCUUGCUCUUGCUAUUAUCAUUACAUCCGCCAGCCUCUGCAUUUACAGCACCAAUACCCAAUCCCUUUCUUCUUUAUUCUCCAACCGCUAUCACCAUGCUGCCCCUAUUCAACAAGCCUCAUUUCAUACUGACGACACGACAACAGCAACAACAACAAGCAUCAUGAUCCAAAUGAUUCAAGACCGACGACUUAUUUCCACCCUUGUGGCAGCGCAAGCUUCUAUAUUUUGUCCAUUGUUCUUGUUGGUCAACCAUAAUAACAACAACAAAGCCGCUCAAGCUACUACUACUACUACUAAGGUGGUGCUCAGCAUAGAGCAAUUACUCUGUCAGUUGCUUAUGCCAGCGGGUCUUGCUAUCAGUUGGGUAUUCAGCAUCCUUUUUGAUCUGAAAACUUUGUCAGUCAUCAGCCACGAUAUCCCUUUGGUACCACGACUCUAUCGGUUCUUGUCCCCGCAGACACAAGAUAUGUGCUUGUUCGAUCGGAGUAGUAGUCAAUAUGCCCGACAUCUUUGUGCUAUCGUCAAUGGUGUGCACUAUCUUAAAUAUGCCAUGAUCUUUAUCCUCAUCUUGGACUUUGCAUUGGUGCUCACAGCUGCUUUGGCUGCCUAUUAUGAAAAGGCCAUUCAAGAACCAAAAGAGGGAUCCAUUCGACUUGUUGACGAGCAGGAACAAGCCUAUCAAGUAGUCGUAGUAGCAUCAUCAUCCGAUAAACAACAACAUGAGGGUGAGGAUGAACAACAACGUAUGGCUCUUUUCCAUGCCCAAGCAUUGGUAUAA